AUGUUCGCCUGGGAAAUCCGCGAGCGGUUACUGCGAGAUGGCAUUUGUACGAGUGAUAUUCUUCCUUCCGUCUCCUCAAUCAACAGAAUAGUUAGGAAUAAGGUAAAGACUGCCCCCCCCCCUGUUUGCCUUACAUUCUGCUCACAGCAUUUCAUUAUAUGUGGGUUCUGACAGAAAAUACUUUUGAUACACUACUUUAUUCAAUAUCAGCCUUAUGAGCUAUCCUUGACCUGUCAUCCAACUGGCUCAGAAUAAUCAACUUAUUUUGAUUUCGUCCAAAGGAAACUAGGUAUUUGCUUGAGCAUGGAGAGAAGACCCAGCCUACAGACAAUUUACGUGAAAGGGCACGUCGAAAUCUACCCUCUAAUGACAACAACAAGCUGCAAACCGCAACACUGAACUGCCAGGAUCAAAAAUCCCCGGCUGCCAUUUCCACUGCCGGUAUCUCCACCAAUAUGGUGGGUCGACAACACAGCCUGAAACGUUUACAGUCACUGUCAGUGGGCACGCCACCUUCCACCUCUUCCAUUUUGGAACCUGACUAUGGCCCCGGCCCCAAGCCAAAGAUCCUCGAGGAGCGCUAUCUAGCGACCGAGUCAUCUGCACACCCCGCCAACCACCCUCUCCCACACGUGACUCAAAAUCAAGUAGACUGCGAACGCCAGAAGCCUGAGGGUGACCUCCUUUACUCAAAUCUUCUUGCAGCCGAGAGACGGUUUACAUUCCCUCCCUUCGCAGCUUCCCAAAAGUCUUCCUACCCGCUGGCAGAGGAUGCAACUGCGGCCUGCGAACGCCUCCUCUGCAUGGAUAGAAAGGGGGUGGGCACCGGCUGUCCGACCUUCCCUGCCCCACCUCCGCCAACUACCAUGUCAUCCUUUCUAAGGGAACAACAACAGUCCCCUGCGGAGAGCCCGAAUCCGCCGCUUGCUGUGAAUCCUUGGAGCAUGAUGCAAUGCGAAACCCUGAGUCAACCGUCUGGUCUCUACGCAAGGGCUGAGACCGCCCCCGCCUUUGGACAGGGAACACUGCGGAGGGGUUUUUACCGCAGUGGACUACAACCGACAGGGCCGCUAUUUGGCACCCGGUCUCUGGCAGAGGAAAGACUCCUCUUUGACGGUAAUGGUAGUUACACUCCCGAGAAGACCACCCCGAAGGCGUCUGCCUUCACUCCUUUGCUGUCCGGUCAAGCAGCGACGGCGGCGGUUGCAGUGGCCACUCCGACUGACCUGUUCCAUCAUGCGCUCAUCACCAGGGGACUUCAUUUGGCCGGUGCAGGAGCGACCCACCUAGCCAACGGAAUACCAAUCUCCGGAAACUUCAGCAUAACUGGCCUGAUUGGAUUGAGUCCCGACCAUUCGCGGAACGCCAGCAUAAUCGAUCAGCUCAACGGCGAGAUGAGUUUCACACUUCGACCUGCUGGAAAGGUGGAGACGCCAGAUGGUCGGAUGACAGCGGAGGAAGAUGAGGAGGAGGAAGACGAGCGUGCCCAGUCGCCCGUUCGUCAAUGUCUGCCCACGGAGACGAGGCACCUGACUGUCGACUCAACUUCAGGUGGAGGAAAGCCAUCAAAAUUGACUCACGAUAUGGCCGCAGCUACGUGCCCGACAAUGAACACUGACUCUGGUAUACAGACAAUGGCAACAUAUUCGUCAACGACCGCUGCACAUCCCUACGAUCAGGGUAGGUAAAAGGCUUCUUACUUUAUGAUUAAAGUGACAUUGGAUUUAGCAAUCACUCUCAGUAGGGCAGUGGGUCUUCAAGGAAGCAUCUCAGCUUCAAUUAAAAUGCUAAGUGUCCUUCAAUAGCUUGCGCGCAGUCUGUGGGAUUUUAGUUCGGUCCACUCAAGCCAACGCCAAGUGCUCUAACGCUGCCAGCUCAUUCCACUCUUGCGUUAAAAGAAAACCUCUGCCUGGAACUCAAUCAAACAGGGUGUUCUUUCCAAACAACGUUUUUGAGGUUACGUUUGAGGUUUGAGUUGAAAGAAAGAAGUGAUGAUAGGCAGAAUAACAUCGCUCUGCCCAGGUCAUUUUCGGGCUGAUUAUCCAAUGCUCUAAAAGGUAUGACCUUCAUGCCAAAUAUUUAUAGCAGCCAACAGAGUAGGCGUCCAAGUCGACUGCGACCACGUUCAACCCUCCGGUCUGUCUGAUCGUAGGUUUGAACAUCACGAUCGUGGCCGAGAUGACGCGAAUUCGUGGCGUAAAAGUAAAGCGUUGGGACGUCGGACGCUCCCAGGUCGUGGACGAGGUAUUGCUGUCUGGCGGCAGUAGGCAGGCCUGAAAUGAGUGUCCUAAUUCUCCUUUUCCUCGUCGGUGUCGCAUCUCGACAACUGCGUCAACCACAUCUGAUUCAAAGCGCGUGAUUUAAACUCGGUAAAUGAAUAUAAAUAAGGGGGGCUCUUGCGUUGAUGUUUCGCCAGGGCAUCUUAUAAAAAACAUAAUAGGCACGAGGAAAGCUGUGUCGAGACUUGUGCACAGCGUAUCAAGGACAUAAAACAAGCCCGACAGACCUUACAACACCUUAUGGAAAACGUGUGAAAAAGUUCUGCAAGAGCGAGACGUUCUGAAGGCAGCCUAAAAGAGUGCAUGAGUCUGAAUUCUGGUUAGUUUUGAGACCCUACGCGAACUGAUCACAGCACAAUUUUGUCCAUGCUGACGUGAUCAUGAAAUAUACUAAGAGAUUAGAGCUACACUUGAGGAACCUACUCAUGCCGAAAUAUUAAAGGCCUGGCCAGCAACUUUUAUUUCGACAAUCAACAACCACGAACUGUGACACCCACCGUGUGUCACCACGGUGUGGGCCCAGUACGGUGGCUUGUGUUUGAACUAGUCUAUAAUGAUGUAGACUUGCGAAGCUUCCGCCACACUAUUUCUUCCGUCACCAACCUAACUCACAUGACGGGACAGUGCCGUGGCGACUGGAGGCAGGCCCAAGGGGAGGAAUGGAGGAUGAAGUUAAACGGCCUUUCUACGCGUGCCAUGUACGGACUGAUCAUUAUGACAAGUACUAGACCUUUGCAGGGGUGUCCCGAAUCUCAUCUGCGUGAGAAUACUAUAAUGAUUCGGCUGGGAAGGAGCCAUUCCAGGCUGAUUCUCAUUAUUUAAAAGAACCGUGUUAUUUCGUUAGCUGGAAACCUUCCAAGCCACGGCUCUUAGCGUGUCGCGAGCGUCAGAGGAGUGCGCUGAUAUGCCGUGAGAAUGGAAGCUGCCUCACGUCUCCCCUUUCUUCACCCACGAACCAGUUCACUGUCUGGGUCUGUUAAUCGGCUGGUGACGGGAUUGAGCGCAAUAGCUGACGCGUCGUCAGGGCCUACCUUCAGACGUGCUACCACACCCUACAACGUCCCGAAGUACUUAUGAACUCGCACGAACUCUGACUAGCCUGCUUAGCGGGCAGUAUCCGUUUUCUCUAUCGAUCUGCGAUAUCCUCAUGAAUGCAAAAAAAUAUUUUGCGAAGAACAUUAAUAGAAAUAUGCUGUUAUUUGGUAGGAAAUCAUCUCUCCUCUAAAUUUCACACUCGAAAAGUGGUAUCUUUUGGAUUUCAAAUGUUUCGACAUUUUUUAAGACCAUGCAAUGUACAUUCUGAUGGCACGAAAUCUGUCUGUUUAAUAAUGCUCCUCAUUAAGUAUGCAACAUAGUUUAUACUCAACGCAACAUUGUAUGGGUACAAUAAGGUAUUUCCUCAAUAACAGAAAGGAAAAUAUGUUACCCCCUACGCGGAAAGUAUACGGCUUGAAGACUUAAAACCGUGAAAGAAAAUGAUUUUAAAUUAUUCAGAAAUUGGAAAACCUUUUUGAAACCAAAGGGUUCCCUUCUCUCAAAGAUGGAAUUUGAAGAAGGCACGAUUUGGUACCAAAUAUUUACAGGAAGCAAUAUCUUUAUGGUGGUCUUCUACAAAAUAUAUUAGCAUUUAUGAGGGCAUCGAAAAUCAAGGGAAAAAUGCAUACUACUUAGGCACCCAUUUGUUUCCGAGUGCAGUUUUUGUAGGUGGUCCAAAAGAAGUGCAUUCGAAAACUAACACCUCGAUGUGUCAGAAUGAUCGAGGUAUUACGUCGUAUGCUAAUAACUUUCACAGCUUCACUUAGGCAAUCCUUCAAAGUGGAAAGUGCAUUUUAGAAUUUCGGUUAACUUUUUAUGAGAUCGGUUACCGACUGUUGUUACCGCGUGCCGUGAGUAAAUCAGAGCACGGUUUUGGCCCAGCUCGUCGAGGAGGUCUUUUUUGUUCCAGAAGCAGUAUCACAGGGUCUUCCGCCAGUUAUUCACUUACAUACAUAACAGAGUCUGUAUGAAAUUGGGAAGACGGGCCCUUAUUACAAGUGACUUUUGCGCCUCGAUUGUCUGCCAAUCCGAACAUUUGACUUGUUGUGCAUAGCAGUAAGUCACCUGGCUCUGAUCAACAGUCAUGUGCUUGAGCAGUGAAGGUUCAUAUCAGACGGGUCAAGCCUUUACUGGCAGAGUCAGGCCGUACUAGAAUUGCUCAAGAACUGUUAAGUUAGCAUUUGUUCACAGAGUGUUCUGGACCGGAGAUUCACAUAACAGUUUUCCGUACUGAUGGAUUUGUGCUUCUACAUCUCCUCCAGCACCCAGAUCUUACUUGUGGCCUCAUGUGCUUCGUCCAGUGGCUUUACACCGCCAGGCGUUUCUGGCUGGCGUUAUAAAGCAGAUGGGAGUACCUGGUGUUUAUACUUCUACAUCUAGUGAGUCCUGCUAUAGUUCCACCCGUCCCAUUCUCCCAUGACUGCAAACGUUAUUCAGUGCACAGGAUAUAGGAUUUCAGACUGUUUUACCACAAUACCGGUUCUGGGCCAAGGCGGAAUUCGAUCGCCGUCUGGAAUGUCUUAGAAGCCGUUAUUCACGGGCGCAUUGCUUACCCCUUUUAAAGGUUGGAGAUUGUACUAGUAUCCCAAGCAAAUGCUGAUUGGUGACGUCUAUAAUUUGGCUGUGGCUAUUAGACAUUACAUGCGUGGCCGAAAGACAUCGAUCCGCAACAGCUUCCUUCUUUAGGUGACAGGGAUCCCCGCAGGCACCUAGCCCGUAAACUAGGAAGGAAUGUCAGGUUGCCAUUGAUUAGGCAGCUGCACCGUCAGCAGAUUCAGUCUGCUGCUUCAGAUAUGGACGAAACAGGAUUUUGUUAUCACCAGCAGCAUAUUCCGACGGCCAAACCGGAGGAAGGGAGGGCAGAUGCACCUUUGCUAGCGUCAUUGGCAGCUUCUGGAUCAUAUGCCUAUCUGGAGGUGAGAUGCAAGGUGCUGUACCAAGCCGAAUGGUGGAUAGACGACCAUACUCUCGUCUAGAAGACGAGACUGAAACCCAAGGCCUACGGGAAAGCAACGCGUACGUGAAAUCUGGGAACACUAAAUAUGCAGAAAUCAUAACGAAUAACAGCAGAAAACCGACCCUAGUUACUAACCAAACACAAGUCAAACGGAGGAUGACAUUUAGAAGAAACGCAGAAAACUACUGGACAGUACCAAAGAUAUUAAAGCGUCGAGACUGGUUUAAGGACGACAAUGAAAGAACCCAACCUCUCCUAUUUAAAAAACACAAUCUAUACAAGACCUCCGUGGACCAAAGGGAGGCACAAUCACAGCCGCAGUUUUCCAAUGUCCACUACCAGUGUAGCAACAGCUAAGCGAGAUGCGUAACGACUGGCUGAUUUGCAAAUCAAAAACAAUUCAACAACGCGCAGGCCAUUAAAAAAUUAGGAACUGCCUCGGGGCCAUCAAGGCAGCCUACAACCCUCAAAGCAACCAAAUUUUGCCCCCGAUCGGUUCCAACCUCUCGGCUCUAUUGCUGCAUUCCUGACCAGGAGAAGGCACCUCUCAGGAUUGGUUUUCAGCUUGAAGGAGUUGACAGUUUUAAAUACUUCGGGGCGAGGCUGCUGUCGAAUGGAUAGGGUAUGAAUGACAUUGUCUCGCGAAUUGAUGCUGCCCAACGGGUUUUCUCAAGCCUUAGAAAAAGCCUAUGGAUCCGACGCGACCUCUCCAUCGUCACUAAGAUUCGCGUGUAUGUACCGUACGUCUGUCCGGUCUGUCUUCCUUUAUGGUUGUGAAUGCUGGGAUGUGCGCUUGUAGGACGGGCGAAAACUGGAGGUAUUCGACCACCACUGCUUGAGGACCAUCUUUCGAGUGAAGUGCACUGACUUCGUCUCAAAUGAGACAGUACACGCUCGCUGCGACAACAUAGCAAGGAUAACCCAGGCCAUCCAAGAAAGGUGACUGAGGUGGUUUGGGCAUGUUCUUCGUCGUUCACCUCAGGAGCUCAGUGUUGCUGCCCCCGAUCCGGCACCUUUACCCCAUUGGGGCAUCGAAGAGGGAGUCAACUCAAAACCUGACUCGACACAGGUCGUUAACACAUGGAGGUGGUUUUUGGACCUUCGGUAUUCGGUCUCCGUCGUUGGCGAAGAGAAUGGGUUGAGCUGUGCAGUUCUGAUGCCGCGGAUCGUCACGCGUGGAGAGGUAAAGGUCGUGACAUCAUCGAGGCCGGAUAGGUUAUACAUGAUCGCAAUCGUACCAAGAACAAGAAGUUUAGUACUUUAUUGCUGGGGCGAGUCCGCAGAGUAUGGGGCGCUGGGUCAAACGCAUUCCACGGCCUUCAUUAAUCGUCCAUCUUCGCUCUGGAAAGCAGCCGUCAGCAGACGGGCUUGAGUGAAGGCCAAUGUUGGCAUCGGUCGUCCGCCCUCUCCUCAAGAGGCGAUCUAGGUAGUACAGUAGAUGAUCGACGGAAAAAGCUCCGGACACUGAGUUAAUUCUAACAAUAUUUUGCAAAUGCAGUGCUCUUCGAGUUCUGAGAGAACUAACUUCGAUGUUCAGGGAAGAUGGACAGAUACUGCGAGAGUCAAAACAGGCUAACGGAAAGAAUAUCAAUUAGGUCAUGAUAAUUACGAUCAAAUCUCCCUCUCCAGCACUGGAGGCGAAAGGCUUACUUUCGUUCUAGCCGAAUAUCUGAAUGCACAUCUGGAAGAAGUCUACAUCCAAGAACAAAAAUCGGAUUCGGGAAAAGCUGUGAAACUCCAUACCAAAAUGGUGUUUGGGGAACCAUGAUGAAGUUCGAUGUUAGGAACCAUUUACGCAAGCGGAAGGAAAGAUAUAAGACAGCAUGACGGUACGUUUCACGGAGAGCGGGUAAGGAUUGGCAAACAUUUGUUCCGACAAUUGAGGUAAAACAGAUUUGUGUACCCGUCCCCACUCUCCUCAGUCUCCUUUUUCGUCAUGUCGGUGGGUGCCCGUCGUGACGAGCGGCCUGGAAUCCACAUCAGUCGCCGAGCUGCUGGUCACCUGUUAAACGUCCGUCGCAGUAGCAAGGGUAUGCAAGGCCGGUCUGCACAGCCUCUUGUUUGCGAAUGUGUACGCGUUCAACACCACAAAGACAGUGGACUUGCAACGGAAUGUGGAACUCCUUGUUCCCGGCUACUCGAACUCCAGACUGACUAUCCGCAUGCAUCAGCUGACGUCAAAUGAUGACUGAAGCGAACAGCAGAUAGGUGCCCAUGGUACGCGACUCGUUCACACGUCUGUGGACGAAUGAGAGUAUCCAGAAUGAACAUCCUCAAGAAGAUUCAAGGUCGACAAUGCGAUAUCUUCUUUUGAUUGCUAAAACAAGCCGAUCAUUUGGCUGGCUACAGUUCUCCGUCCAGAACCGUUGCGGCAUACUUCUCAACAGAAAACUGAGGAUACACAGUGCGGUAUCUCUUAUGUGGAGCGAAGACGCCGACAAUGUGCCAGAGUCAGGAAAAAUAACCAGACCAGUUUCAUCGCAGUCACUUCGGUAAAAUACUGGUGAUGAAGCGGGGGGAAGCGUCCUGAAAAUGGACGUAUUGGAAAUGAUGAACAUGUGUGGCAAUUAGGAUGUGAUCAAACAGUCCUAUCAGCGACGAGGUGGUCAUGUCGUGAGGAAGAUUGACGUGCGCAGUCAAAUGAAGUUACUAUACAGUGACGUCAUUGUGUAUGUCCGUAGACAUGGUGAAAAAGACGUCGAAACAGGCACACUCCCUGAACCUGCCUCAAACGCCUAAAAAUCAAUCAGAACACCCCGGAAGACCUCAUACAUGAUAGUUCAACCAUCGAUUUCGACGAUAUCCACCGAGCGCUUCAAGGUGCGAGAAGGGAUGGCCACUUGUGCGAAAAUUUAGUUUAUAGUGAUAGUGGACUUGCGCUGCAUCCACCGCACUCUCCCCUCCUCCCCCACCUGGACCCGGUGUCAUGACAGAGUCAAGAAGACCGGAGGCGGGGGAAGACGCAGGUGGAUGGCACGGUCGAGCCCGCACCCUGGCAUUCCACUUCACACCCCCUGGUCCACGCAACAAAUAAUCAGGUUUUUGAGUAACAAUAACAAUGGGGAGUCGCAGGGUCCCAGUGUGCGCGACUUCUGCCGGCAACCGGGCCCGCCACCACACCCCGAAAUGUUGUUAUGAUGCGCAAAUCCGAUAACGCCCGCCAGGAUCCGAUAUGGUCUCCGUGUUUGUUCACCGCAUCUACCACGUGACCCGUUUGGGGGGCACACCUCACACAUAAUCGCUGGGGCACUUAACGUAUUUCUUUAUAAGCAGGAGCGGCAGUCUCAGAAAGCAGUCGAAGAUGUAAGGUCUGGACAAAUUCACAGGUAUGCAAGAGUCGAAACCAUCGCACAUCGACUGCAGAGUCGGUACUUAGAACAUCCCGCACGUCUGUCUUCCUAGAACUCAUUGCACCGUACUUUCAGCCACCGCGUUUGCGCAUUAUGGAAUGUACAGCAAGUGGGCUAACUCAUGAAAUGUCAACGGAAAUUCCGAAAUGCGUUUUCGUUUCGAAAAGAUUUAAUAAGCAGCGUUGUUAGACCGGUCAGUCUGCAGCAUAGUUCUAUGAUAUUUCAGUUACCUCAGGAUGCAAACUUUCAAAUGAAUUUCCGUUCGGCUGCGUGCAAAAAACUACACUCUGUAAAAAAUGGCUACUUAAGUAGCAUACAUUUUUUCUCAUUGAUUUCCAAUGCCCUUAAAAGCUCAAUUAUAUUCCAUGGAAAGCAUGCGAACAAAUAGUCAUUCAUUUGCUCAUUUAAUAGACAAUUAUGUCUUCUUCCAAUCUUAUUUUCGAAAGACGGGUAUAAUUCGGUUUUCAAAAACUUUUCCAAUUCCCGAAUAAUUUUGAACCCGCUCUACCGUUACACUUGGGUUCAGGGUUAUCAAACUACAAGCCGUGUAUUUUCCCCGUACGGAAAACCACACAUUUCUCUACGGCACUAAACGGGAACCAUAUAGGGUUCAUAAAUUUAGCAGCAGAUUUGAUCCGUAUUGUUAGCCUUACAAGCCACAUUGGUAAAUUCAGAGAUAUGACGAUUUAUGAACGGCCAUUUCACGGUAUUUAGAAGUCCCACAAUCAGAAGCUCUUUUAAAACCGAAUGAUGUCCCUCCCUCUAGUAUGAACUUGAAAGAAGACGUAAUUUUCUAUCGAAUGGACAAAAGGAUGAAUAUUUUAUGCAUGUUUUCCAUGAAAUAUAAUUGAAUUUUUAAGGCUAUCGAAAAUCAAUGAGAAAAACGCAUGCUACUAAAGUAGUCAUUUUUUGCAGAGUGUAGUUUUUGUAUACAGUCGGAAGGAGGUUCAUUCGAAAGCCGACAUCCUGUGGUAACUGAAAUAUUAUAGAAUUAUGUUGCAGGCUGACUAGUUUUACAGCCCUACUUAAUUAAUCUUUUCGAAACGAAAACACAUUUCGGAAUUUCGGUUGACAUUUCAUGAGUUAGUCCACCUACUGUACGUGAGGACGAACACAAUCCUCGGAUAAUUACCCACCACCCACUUCUUACCUAUAUGUUCUUCACGCGGCCAGCAUACAGAAACCGCGCUCUUAGGAGUACGAAUGUUCAUGGCGGCGGACGACACAUCGUAUGCGUGGAGGUUUGCCUGUGGUACGCAUAAGACGAGCCUGUAUGCCAUGACAGCCAAUGCUGUCAGUCUCAUCACCAGUCUGCUCGGCUCAGGUGGGUUACUGAAACCCGAGGAAGGAAGGUACAUAGAUGGGGGAAAGAUCAGUGAGUAGUCCGCUCACUACAAAUAAUCAAACACACUCUUAACCUUUCGCGACAUGCUAAAAGUCCUGGCGUUGAAGGUUGCUAUCUGACGAACCAGUCCGGUCCUCAAGCAGAACGAAGGUGAGGACUCGGCGGUUCAUUCCUUACGUGAUAUUUCGAUGAGGGACCUGAGGUCCUUCAUUCAGGAAUGAGGAGGUGAGGGGGGGGACGAAUGAAUGCGGAUUUGUGCAGGAACUGCCGGUUCCACAGACACAGCCCGGCAGCAUUCAUCUAACUUUGGCCCGCCGGUUAAGGGCGGUUACCACGGUGAGGCUGCCGUGCUAAGCACAGUUUCGCGGAGCCCUAUAUGAAAGCUGAGUGCCAGAGCGGGACAAGUUCAAAGUGUCCUCCAAACUCACCGGUGCGUUUGACAGUGACCACCAGUGUAUUGCUUUCAAGUACUGCAUGCAACUAUGAUCCUUAAGAGAAGAGAAGAGGCCAGUUCCAGGAAGGGGACACGAUCACUGAAACAAGGACUUUAUUAUCCUAACCAUUAUCUGACUUUGUCUCCGAUGAUGGAUUGGAGUGUCAGGCUGAAACGUCAGGCUCCUAAUGGUCUUUUUCCAACGAUCUCUUUGCAAUUGCGAUCGUGCUUGAUAUGGUCGACCCAGACGGUGCCACCUCUGUUACCUCUUUCAUUAUGACAUUCGCCUGAACUUUACGGGGCAUUUUUAUGCAAUGGACAUUCAACCGCAUCGAUGACCCGGGAAUGACUGUAUCUCUGGAAAGAAGGUUCCAUGGCACACUCACGACAACUCAAACGCCGCUAGCGAGGGUCCAGCACAAACAAGCAGAAGGCGUAAAGAGUUCUUCGUAGCCGUCGUUUAUGUUUUUCCGUGCACAGGCACUUGUCAGGGCAGUAGCUGUCUAAUAAUGGCAUAAAUACACCUGACACAUCUGCCGCCCCAGUAUCGCCUGUCAAAUGGUCUCUGUCUCUGCCGCUGCUUCCCUGGAGAUAUUCUGGAAAAGUGCUCAACCAUAGUUGAGAAAUAAAAAAAUAACUGCCUGAUUUGCCUGUCUAGGGCCCAUACCAAUGAAUCACCGAAAAUGACCCCAGAUGAAUGUGACGGAGCCAGAUUCUAGACGAACAAUGGGAAAGUUCUGAUAGAUGACUCAAAAUAUAAAACAAAACCAGCCGCUUCAGUUGUCACGAUCUGCGCUCAAAAUGCCCACAUUUGCACAAUUAUUAAGGAUAGUAUUCCGGACCAGCGAUCGUUAUUUGACAAAGGGGCAGAACUUCAAGAAGUUUGGAUAUCAGUUCUAACCUGUCAGGCAUUUACGGGAGCAUCGUUCUCAGCCAAAUAACACUCACAAAUUCUCGACGAAGGAGGGCGGAGCGUAUGCUUUGGUAGUAAUCAAAAUUGGAAAAGUUGAGAUAUCCGGGUCGAUUAUUUGAAGACGAAGAUAGGUUCUUCGGAAGAGGUUUAUUUAAGUGCAGACGUUUCAAAGAGCUGGUUCGGCUUUUUAUUGUCAAAGCGUAAAAUGCACUUAAUCGAUCAGAAAUUUCUGACGUUUCAAAGAGCCGACCCAGCUCUUUGAAACGUCUGCACUUAAAUAAACCUCUUCCGCAGAGCCCAUCUUCGUCUUCAAGUAAUCAAAAUGCCCUCGAAGGACGCCUCCGAAUACCGGAGCCCGGAGUAGCGUGCCCCGUUUUUACAAUAGUGCCUCCUUUCUCACCAGGGAAUCCAGGUAGUGGAUCGUGGCUUGAUACAGUCAUGUUUUACGCAACAAUGUCAUAAAGGGAACAGGGGUAACUUUUACGAUCGGGGAGACACAAUGGGUUUGUUGCGCAGCAAAUUCUGUGUGCGCAAUGAAGUUCACACAGAUGCGAUGACCAAACAGACACUGUUAAACUACGGGAAGGGGGGGGAGAGGGGGGGGCGAUAUGAGGGAGCGGAGAAGAGACGCAUCCGGGCAGCACAGAGUCUGAAACGUUGACAGGUGUUUGUACUGACGACAGACGGAAAGCGUACUGCUAAAUGGGAAAACAGUGAGGGGCAUGGUACGGCGGCUCCUCAUUAUCUCUCUUUCCCCGUCUAUCAGCUCCAGAAAGGCUCACUGGGAGGACACAGUAGAAGAUAAGUCAAGCGUGAAAAUAGUUAUGCUUUCGCCCCGGUACUGACGAGCCACACCGGCAAUAACGUCGCCUUCUCUAUCCGGUCAUUUGACUACUAGUCGGAUGUCACUAUUCUGGGGGGGGGGGAUGUUGGGGGAUGGAUAACGCCCUUAUGGCUGCCUUUGACUUGCGCAGAGGCGUACAAUCUGUCCAUCAAGGUGGAUAACAGCAGUCGGUGAAAGGAUGAUGGCGUGAGGUGUGUGUCCUGCCACUGUACGAGACCUGUCGGGAUUGAAGAGGAAGUAGCACAAAAAUCAAUACCAGGAUGAAGUGAUGAGUGCUGAGUAGACAGUAGGGAAAUCCGGAAAGCAAUACAGACGGUAGCUAAUGGGCUAAGUUAUUUACGGAGAGGCCCACAAAACAUGAGGUAAGUUUUCUACCAAUUGAAAAUUUGACAAAACGGCUCUGAGUUCGGCUUAAACAAAGCUGUUGAAGCAGAUGCAAAGGGUCUCCGCUGGCCAGACAGAUUUCCCCCAAGCGGUCUGCUAUAAUGCAGCUAAUGACCGCUUCUGACUCAAAAAAACGCUCGAUCUCUGAUUUAUUUGUUAUCGUCAGCCGGUCAUAAUCCAAGCUUUAGCCAAGAAGACCGGACAUUUGAAGCAGGAUUCAGGUGGUCAUGGAAACAGGUGCUCUACCAUUCGAGCCACGGACUCACGCUCUGUAGCCCUUUAUCGGGAAGGCGUAAAGCCAUGUGAAAGUAUCCUUCCACGAUCUAGCCUGCCUUCAGGUUCGGAUACCAGGGUACCGGUUCUUAGUCCUCAGCAGACAGUCGAGCGACCGUGACUAACCCACGCCAAAGGAAGUGUUACAGCCAGAGACGAAAAGUGUCUUGGGGAAGCUCCGUAAUGGUUGAAUAUCAAAGCCCUAGAGCUGGAUGGAACGUCCAUUUCUCUACCUCUAAUCUGACCUAGUGGUUCAACGUUAUCGUCAAAUUAAUGUAACUUUGCUCCCAGUGUGUAGCCUCGACCUGGGAUUUUCGAGAUAUGACAUGUCAAGGAGGAAAUGAUAAGAACUGACCGUCAUAAUCUUUUCACAGCGUCAGUUAUUACUUCAGUAAACUUUGCUGGACAUAAGGCAGCAUAAUGGCCAGCACCGCCAAAGGAAAAAUAUGACGCGAGCUCUAGAAGAAAUUUCGACACCCAGAAAAAUUAACACACUUCAGUCGUGGUAGAAUGCUGGCUUUAAAUGCGUUUUUUCCUACUGCCCAAAAAAUCGCAAGAAGUAAAAAUGAUCGCUUUGGAUGAUAGGAAUUUCUUCCAAUAACGUCCGAUGCUUUUAUAAAUUAAAGUAAAUUUAUAAAACUGAUGCGUGAAUGAUCCCUUCAUGCAUUCAUUUUGUAAUAAAUCCUAUCCUCUCCAGAUUUCAUACUCGACGAAAAAAUAUCUUCUAGUUUUAGAAAGUAUUCCAAUUCCCGAAUAAUUUUGCACCCGACGUUUCAUUGCACUUGCGUUUAGGGUUUUCAAUCUAGAAGCUGACUCUUAUCAGUUGUGGAAAAUUAUACAUUAGUCUAUAUGAUUAAUAAGAUAUCAGAAAUCUCCACAUAAUUUUGUAGUAGAUAUAAACUAAAUUUUAUAUUUCGUAAGGAGCAUUAAUAAGCAGACGGAUAUGACGCCGAUUGAGCGGACAUUUCGCGGUCUUAAAAUAUCUAACAAUUGCAGACAUUUUAAAACUACAAUCUCUUCUUUCAGAGUAAACAAUUUGAAAAAAAAGUUUUACACUCAAAAGGCCACAGUAAAGGCGAUUUAUAUGCAUGCUUUGCACAAAACGGGCUGGGAUUUAUAGGGGCACUGGAAAUCAAUAAAAAAAAAGAUUGUACUACCUAAUCUAAUAAUUUAUAGCGAAUCUGAUAGCUACAGGCAGCCGCAAAAGAGAGGAUUAAAGAGUAGGCAUACUGGUGCGAUCGAAAUGUCUUUAUAAUUCGUAUUACCAUAUCACCUAAGCGUUCUCUUCUGAUCAAAAACACGUUUUAGAGUUGCAGCCAAGAUUUCACGAGAUAUGUACAUCUUUUGCCAUCUGUAGGCAACUGGUAUUACAAUCUGAUAGGAUGUCAGAUUGCAAUUUAAUGUUAAACAAGUCGAAGUGCGGAAGGGCAACACUGAACUUCCGAAAAAUGACUUAAUACGAAGAGGCACUGCGCUGUUCAGUAGUACGCUGAAACAACAGGUUGCUCCACGACCCAAUCGCUGUCAUUGAAGAAGAUACUAGAUGCACCUCGACACGCUUGAAUCAGGAGUUUAUUUACACAAAAUGACAUUACACAAGCGCUGAGCCAAGUAGAAGUGCCUUGGUAAGGGAGGCAAACAAUAUCAAAAUGCAGAGUACUAGGGACAAAGAUUCGCAUCCUAGUAUCCGCGCUGUGGAGAAAGUUCCCUUUUACCUCUCUGAAGAUUUUAUUGAACGCAAGCCGGCAAAAACGCGCAUCGGCGCCAGGACGAGUACUGAGUCGAGAGGGAACGGAAAUGGACCGAAAAAGAACUGUGAAAUUAGUCCGCCAACACAAUUAAUUCGAGUUUAUGCAAAAUUGCCGAGUCGCGGGAGACGGUGAAGUGCCGAGAGGGGCGCCGUACCCAGUUCAUUUCCGGCAGCGGAUGAAAUCCAAUUGACUCUCCGAUGUUGGAAGACCAGGUGAGGGGGAGAGGAGCAGAUGACACAGCAAUCACGACGGACCAGCAUCAGUGGCAGCAAUAGCUACCGAAGGACCUGAGGUAGGACUCAGGAGGAGGGAGGGGACGGGGAAGAGCCUAGGAAUGCAAAAUACCCUAGUGGCAGCCGAGCGAGACGGAAAAGAUACACACACACACGCACCCACAGACAACACAGCCUCCCCUGAGACCAGAGGCCGCAGAGGCGAGAAUGACAGCUGAUGGCACGCCGCGGGCCCAGCGCCUCCCAUAAUCAAAGCCAAAGGCAUGCAAACGCAGAAGUGCACAUACGUACGCACGCCAGACCUUGGACGCGCUGGGCGACGGCGAAUAUUGGAUUCUAUAGGAGAAGGGGAAAUGUGGUGACUGCGGUAACGGGAGUGACAAUCGUUCAGGUUCAUGCAGGACGCGUACAUAUCGUGCUAGAGAUGAUAGAAACAACGAGGCCCUGGACAGGCCCGUAGGAACGGCAGGGCAGACAGCGGGAAGAUGACUGGCGCACGGGACGGGCUCAAGCCGCGCCUACUCCCUUCACCUACAGUGCAGGUGCUCGGAAUCUGAUCAGUGAGGAAUAAGUGCUGUUUGGAAGAAGCGAAAGGGGUUCUCAUCAGUGGCAGCUCCUUCUCAUCUUGAGAUGUUACUCGAGAAUGGCAUUUCACUAACCGGUUCUGGUUCUGCAAAAGGGACAAAUUUUGGCGAAAAAUUCUCCAAACUCAAUGACGCAUAAAAAAUUAUAAAAAGCCGAAUGCAAACGAAGUAAUCUGGAAGACAAAAGUGUCUGAAUUUCGGUCUGCUGACACGUCAAAGGUAGUUUAGCAGCACCGUGGCAGAUUAUGGAAACGCUGAAACUAAUAGGAGACGCGCCAAAAAUUGCAUCGAUGUUGAGCGGGGUUACCUUGCAGACAGUAGAUCGGAAUUAUGAACCACACCCUGAAAAAUGCGAUCAGCUAACGGCCUGAGCGCUGCGAAGUGUGGCUGCACUAUGGCACGAAGGAGGGCAGCAUCAAAAACACCAGAAGCACACGAGGUCUGGUCUCAUGAUGUGAAUUCUUUACUUUUUUUAACAAGAAGGGAUAAUUUAGGGAAGGACAAAUGGGACGGCCUGUUCUGAUGAAAGACAAUAAGGCGUGAAGACCAUACAACAGUUCCGACAGACAGUAUUUGUCGAAAGAGGGAUUCAAGCGGCAAGGGUUUUUGAAUAACUGAAGAGGCAGUGUGCACUUACGGAGUCAGCCAGUAUCUAUAGUUCUCGUUUUUGUUAAAUCGAAAUUUGUGAUCCAUUCUUUUUGGGUUCAACACCGGUUUUAAAAUUGGUAGGAUCGCCAAGACUGGUUAUGAUAAUGAAAAAUACCAAAAGAUACUUUAAAGUGUACUUGAAAACAACUGUGUACAGUACUUUUAUGGCCCCUUUAUUAAAAAAAAUCGGCAACUAGGUAGGACAAGUUGCCCUAAUAAUUUGUCCCCUUGUUCCAAUCUGAGUUAUUCUGAGGUUUGCGGCCCUAACUGCGGCUUCAGAUGGCGACGCUUAAUUUGUAUGAAGGUCAUGUGGGAGAUAAGACGGUCGAUAUUUCCUGACUGCCGGGACGAAACUGGGAGUCUCUGGUCUGCAUUUUUAAUUCUAAGGCUCUCAGACAUACUCGUAAAACGAGAAUCGCACGAAGUUGGGCUGACUAACCACAGCUAAUAGGCUAGAGGGGCCUCCUUCACAGUCUUUUGUCUUUGUCGAUGGAGGUUAUCGCUUAUUGUCUAUCAGUCAUUAUGGGACCGCUGCGUUGGUUCUAGAGCUGAAGAUUCAGGUCAAACGAGAGUCGGAAAUACUAUCAUGCAACCAGGAAGAACUCUUUCAACAUUAAAAAAGAAAACUAAGAAUCAGUAGCAAAAGAGUGUGAAAAUAUACCUCUUUUAUUAUUUGAAACAGUACCCGCUGUUGGUAAGAAGUGCCCAAACUUAAAAUCUCAUGUCUUAAGGUUUAAGCACCGAGAUUUUAAGAGGUAGAAUAUACUUAACUUUUGACGACGUAGGGGACGCCUCCUCUCAUCCAUUAGAAAAAAUACAAUGAUUUUGAGAAACCGAUUACAACACGUCUAUGUCCAUUGAUUGCAAAUAUUUGCUGUUCUUGCCUUCGUAAUGUUAUUCGGACAUUACUUGACUUGAGGUUAGCAAAAAUAAGAGAUCUGGGUCGAUAAUCUGAGAAAUAUGAAGGGCUCACCGGAUCAGUUGAGCCCUCCACAUUUCCCAGAUUAUUUGAUCUUCCCGAAACAGUAUCCCAAAUGGGCAAAACUAAUAUGAGCAUCAAGGGGUAUUGCCAAGAAGGGCAAGGAUGACCAGACUGAUCGCCAGCGGACAUUCCGAUCGCCCUUGUUUCUGUGGAACAACACUGGAGUCUAGAUGAAAGUCCGAAGGGCAUUAUCGGGAAUGCGCGCCCAUAACAAAUGCCAACAUCAGAAUGCGGUGGCAGGCUCACGCCAUGCCAAUUUGGGUUCGUGUCGUCCCCUGGUCUUGUUAUGGUAUAAAAUCCUGGUCGCUGUACGUUGUGGACUAAGGGACGUAGUUGUACGCCUAGGUUCGGGUUUUCACGUGCCAGACACCUGCACCUUCUCCUGCCUCCGUCUUCUGAACUCUGCCCUGAUAUCAGAUCCAGGUAGGAGGGAGGAGAGAGUUCGGUAUAUGUUGCAGAAGUUUACCAUCACUCUGAACUAACUCACACGCCAAGUCACCGUCCGUGCUUCCACCUUACUUGGAACACGCGGUAAACAUAGUCGGUAACGAUGGUCGGACUGUCGGAUGAUAAAUCUCGAUUAUUAACCGCCUGCAGAUAAGCACUAAUCGUUGUGGGUCCCAUAACCGGUGAUCCAGGCCAAAGCGGUCAAAUUCGCACUCUGCUCCCAAAACAAAAAGUGAAACUGCAGUUGAAUACUGGAAAAACUACAUAGAACCUGCCGAACUGGGGAAUUCCGUGAGGGAAAUGGCCUGGUACAACAGGUGACCGGUAAAACCUGCUUUCAGACGGACGGACAACUUAUAGGGGACAAAAGUGUUUUCAGUUUUGCAAUCAGGCAUGAUCACACCGUUUUCAGACAAGGAUACUGAUGUAUACUUUAGGGUAAGGUGAUACCAUACUAACCUUAUCACCUUACCGUAAAGUAUACUACUAGCUGCCUGUCGGCAGUUAACGAAUAUUACGCGGUUGCCCGCUAUGGCUGAUGGAUCUUGGCCCGAAAAUUCAUGUAUAAAAUUCUCGGUCGGAACCUAUAGACCUUGAAUAAACUGAUCUACUCCAACUUCCUAGGUAAUUUCCGAGGAAAUUAAAAAGCGACGACACUGAAUACAGCUAUGAGUGACGGUCCCGCCGUUGUCAGCGACGACGGUCACCGCGUGCCCACGGAGUUGCCACAGCACCUGUAAGUAGCGCGUAAAUUAGAUUAUAGUAAGGCAGACUUGUGCGCCGCGCUUAACGCUCUCUCUCUCUCCCUUCACUUACCCACCUGGUCUCAACGGAAAAACGAUGUCAAGACGGCUGGAGGUGGAUGCGAACGCAAUGGCUGACAAAACUGGACAGUCCCUCUACACGUACCACACAUGAUCUAACCCCCCUCCCCCCUGCAUGUGCCGAGCUGCUGUAGGGGCAGCUUGCAUUCCAUGUGUGCAAGAAUGCCAUGCAGCAAAGUGAGACUUAGCUUCAUCUAGAUAUAAUUUCCCAGUAUUAAAGGCAUACCGCAGUGUCCACGAUACAACUAAAGUACUCGAUCCAUUUAUCCCUUAGGAUUACUCGGCAGUCUGGGACUGGAGGAGAUGGAGCGUAAGCACUUUAUCCCAAAGACCCACCCCGGCCUGUCGGAGGACGACAGCAUGCUGCCGCCGACGGCCUCUUCAGCAAUUCAAGUGGGCACAAAGCUCUGCGUCACACAGUGCCACACAGUGAAGCACGAUGGAACCGAGGCGGAACGGCUGAAAAAGGGCUUUUCUGGCCUGACCAGUGGACUCAACAUCUUGUACCCAUCCAGUCUUGGCAGCGCCGGCAUUUCCAACAGCCGAUUUUUCGAACUGGACUCGCCGCGAACAGGCGCUCUGCCCUCCAACUCCCUCCUCGCUUGUUCGCCGAGCAGUCGCGACGAAGAAGGCAAUUUGUCGGGUGCUUAUGUCCUCCAGUCAGACGACGGUCCGUCUACUACGUGUCCCGGCGACGCUGACCAUAACGGAGGCUUGUACUCACAGUUCCUGCACCAUCCAACGGUACCGACAAGCUCACUUCACUCCCCCUCCUCCUUGGGCUACUUCAUGAACUCGAAGGGCAGGGUGGAGGGGGUGGGGGAGAAUGUAGGACAGGAAGUCGAGGUGACGGAAGAGAUGGACGCUGUCCGGAGAUUGAGAACGGUUGUUCCAGUCAGCAGCCACGAAAUGUUUUCCCCACUGUAG